AUGGAGAGCGCAGCUCAACGGGUUGCCAACCACAUAGAGGACACUAUAAACACUGUCGAUAUCUACAAUAAGUUGACUCAAAAUGGCACUUGUCCUGUUUCCGGGCUAGGUGAUAGAUUUUAUACUAAGGCUGGUCUCGAAUUUGUUCUGACACGGCGAUUGCCGAUGCCAGAAGAGCUUGCAUAUCAAAUCAGAAACAUGCGAUCUCAGUUCAGCAUGGGACUGUUUCCGGAAAUCGCACGAGCUUAG